AUGCGCCGAUCCUUGCAGAUAAUUUGCAUCGUGGCCGCGAUCAGCGUCGCUUACAGUCAAGGUAAUUCAAUCUUUGAGAGCUAGAAUCAAACAUCAGAAUUGAAAUCCGAAUCCCCUAUCAACCGUGACAUGACGUCAUUCAUUUUCAGCCGGACGCGAUGAGAAUGUGAGUGCGAAGCGAAACGACUUCUCUCGCGACAUCAUGUCGUUCGGAAAACGCGCGGCCAACACUGCCGACCUCUACGAUCGGCGCAUCAUGGCGUUCGGAAAGAGAGAGCCGAACGUAAGUCUGCCAACUCCUAGCUCCUCAUCGUUUCUCAUUUCAGUUCGACCGCGAAAUAAUGUCGUUCGGCAAGCGCUCCGGGAACACCGACUUCUCGCGCGACAUCAUGUCGUUCGGCAAGCGCUCCUCCAUGGUACUGCCCUUCUUUCCCUACUAUCUACGACCUUACCGUAAUCCACUUAUUCUACAGUACGACCGCGACAUUAUGUCGUUCGGCAAACGCGCCCCCAUCGACUACGACCGCCCGAUCAUGGCGUUCGGCAAGCGCGCCGAGGACUACGAGCGACAGAUCAUGGCAUUCGGCCGCAAGUAA